ACUAAUACCACUGUAUCGCCUAGGUUUCACUGCAACAAAAGAAUUGGUAGAUUUGAUGCCCCCGUGGGACCCGAACAAAAAGUCUUGAAUUUUCAAUUUCUUUAUUUUUGUUCAUCAAGAGAGACCUAUAUUUUGGGCUCAAAUGAAAAAAAAAGUGGAGGAAGAGAACUCUAAUCCCACAAGCACUUCCAAUGGCAGAAGUCAAGGAACACAACUCAGCCAAAAAAUGCAACUCAAAUUUGUCCGCCGUCGCCAAUUCAUCCCAGAUUUGUCUGCCGCCGUUGCUGAAGUCGUCGUAGCCACUGUCAACGUUUUUCUUCCCCCGUGCGGCCAUUGGAUCGUGGCCACCCCUCCUAAAAUAUUCUCGCCACCUCCGUUAAAUAACCACAUUGGCAUCACCACAAAAAAAUCAUGUCCUGUGUUUAUUACUCCAUCCUGCAGUUGGCAAUGUAAAUCAAAGAAGACAUAAUAGUUUGCUGUUACCAAAGCAAAAUUGGAGGUCCCUGCUCAAAUCAAAGCAGAUUUCGGAGUUCGCCAUCGUCGCCCGCCAUCCCUCAAGACCGCCAUGGACGACUACAGAGCCUAACACCCACUUGACGAAAUGUGUUCUACAACUGAACGGAUGGUAGAGGCCCUCCCCGCAGCGGCCCCUAGCUACAUUCGCAACAUUGGAGGACUAAACUCGCUGCAAUCGUUGGAGUUUCUAGUUCUCGUCGCUGAAAACCAUUUUGUGCCCCUGGAAUUCCGCUGCCCAGCACUGCGCCUCGCCGCUUGUAUUUACCGUUGAUCUGCGGCUUCUAAAUUCUGUCGUGGUUCCUAAGAGAUCUGUAAUUGCUGGUUGUCGUUGGACAUGGCGCCACAACCGCGAUGUCAAAGGUUCAUGGUCGCUAAUGGUUCCACUGAAACCCGACAUCGACAUUGAUAAAUCAAAUGCCCGAAAACCAGCGAGAGAUGCGAAGGGAGGCUGUGCGCGACCCAAAUUUCGUGUCUUGACUCGCGCCUCUCCGCCACUGGCACAACCAAUCGUCAGUGACGAGUUCCAUCCGACGGCGAACCAGCAGCCUGAACCAGCAUCCAACAACCUUCCUCCGGCGCCUCACUAUUUCCGGAAAGCUUUAGAGGAGACUUAGGCGAUAAGGGGGAGAUUUAGGCGGCGUGACUGCCCAAUUCCAACGACAGAAGAAGACCAACGACGGUCAUCAUCUGAUUUUGGCAAGUCUCUCAGCCUGGUCAACAGACAGAUACUCGAAGAAGACGACAACAGACGACAACAAGGCAACGAAAAAAAAGGAAGCUGCUGCGAAGUAAGGAGGAAUGAUUGGGCUCUGGUCUGAUUAAAAAAUGGAUGGCAAGAGGAAACUACUAGGAAGUAAGGCCAAUUGGACUCUCCUACUUAUUUUAACAAUGGGGCCCACCAACCCAUCAUUUUGAUGGGAGAUGUGCAUUGAAUGGAAGUGGGAAAAAUAAGUUCCCCACUUAUUUAUCAUUGGCCCCACCACUAAUAAGUGAUCUUGUUACAU